UUACCUUUUGUUCUUUUUAGAUUUCACAGUUUAAAGGACCUCAUGCUGGAGUCAAUGUUUUACCCAAUGCUGUGGGUGUUAGUAUAGCAAUAGAUAAAAUAUCUGCAGCUCUUUCCAGUACAGAAGAACAUGCCAGCAGCUGUGACUUGUUAGUUGUCAGUGCUGGAACGAUGUCUGUAAAUCGAGCCAUUGGAAUUAUUCAGAAGCUUUGGGCUGCGGGUAUUACAGCAGAGAUCAUGCAUGACUGGUCAGAGUCCCAGGAUGAGCUGCACGAGUAUUGCAGUAACUCAGAUAUUACCUAUGCUGCUAUUAUCUCCGAUAAAGAAGGGAAUCAUGUAAAGUUAAAAGUGUUUGAGAAGGAAAGACAGAGCGAGAAAAGGAUGUUAGAGACUGAUCUAGUGGAUCAUAUGGUACAGAAGCUACGUAUGAAAGUCUCUGAUGAAAGAAAUAGCAGAGAAGCAUCAGACAGCCUGUCAGUGCAAAAUGUCAAGGGAUCAUUUGCAAACAAUCAGGGUUUGUCUGAACAACACAGUACUACACUAAGUCCAGGUAUCAGCGUCAUAUCCCCAGAAAAGCUGUCUGCCAGCGCAAGGAGACGAUUUGAAAUGCAUGUCAUUUCAAAACUUCAGACAUUUAUGACAAAUUUCCAGCAGAGAAAUAGUGAAAUAGAAAUUUUGGCAGUAGAUCUGCCAAAAGAAACUAUACAAGUAUUAUUAUCCUUAGAGUGUGCAGAUGAGCAAGUCUUCAAUGCUUCGGUGAAAACACUUAUGUCUCGAUUGCCAAAACAAAGAUAUCUAAAGACCAUUUUUGAUGAAAUUUAUACUAUCAAAAUAGAAAAACGAGUGCCAGUGCUUGUGCUGUACAGUUACAGAGACGAUUACUACAAGAUACUGUUUUAGUGCAGAGCUUUUGUACAUUAGCAUGCCAUAUAGGAUCUUGAGCCAAGACAUUUUGGAACAGAAGUGGAUUUUAAUAACAGCACUUUGAUUCUACGUUUACAAUUCAGUCCUUAAAGAUUUUGAGUAUUUCAUCCAGGAAGGAAUUUGUAUACUGUAUUAUCUUAAGGUUCAAAAAACCUUUUCAUAAGCUGUGAUCAUGUGUUCUUUAUAUUUUACACAAAGGAUGAAGGUAUUCUUUUUAUUGAUUUUGUAUACAUUCCUAUUAAGAAAACCUGUUUUAUUAGUUCAUAAAAAUGCUUAUUUAUAUUUUUGAAGAAAAAAAAAUCAGGUACUUUAUAAUCAGAGGGAUGUAUCAUCUGUUCUGAUAUUCUGACCAUUGUCUAAUAUAUGGUGAAUAAAGGCCUGUUGUUGCCUCUGUUUUUAUUUUGA